AUGGACGCCUUAAAAAAUCUCUUUUCAAAAUGGCUUGGAACGUCUUUAAAAAGUAAUGAACUUAAUGUACACGAACACCGCAAGUGGAAACGAGUUGGUGAACACAUUGUUGCCCUCAAGACUCUCCACGAUUCUCAUAAUCUUGCAGAAUUCCUAAAUGAACUAGUGGCGCUUCAAAAAAGUUGCGGGGGAACAGAUUUUACAGGUAUUAUUCGUGUAUAUGGAGCAUCUCAAAAUCCUUAUUCAGAAGAGUAUAUCAUGGUACUCGAUCUUGCAAAAGAUGGUGACCUGCGCCAUUACAUCCGUCAGAACUUAGUAAAUUACAGUUGGUCACAUCGGAUAGAUACUCUUCACCAAAUCGCUGUUGGUCUCAGUCAGUUGCACAACAAGGAACUUGUUCACAGAGAUUUUCAUGGUGGAAAUGUGCUGAUCCAUGGAAAUUUUUGCAACGAAAAUGUGGUUUAUGUAUUGGUCACAGACCUUGGAUUAUGCCGUUCUACAGAUAAGUUAGCGUCUUCAGGAACAUAUGCAUCUGGUGAACUUCCUUUUGCUAACGUAUCACAUAAUAUUGACCUCGCAUUUCAAAUUUGCCAUGGCACGCGACCGCGACUUCCCGACAACAUUCCACCGUUUUAUGCACAGUUGAUGCAACAGUGUUGGGAUACUAAUCCGUCAAUACGGCCAAGUACUAAAUAUAUUGUAGAAACUGCCCGCAAGUGGCUUCAUGAGCCUACGUCAGAUAUCGUCUCAGAACUUCAAAUGGCAGAAGCGAUGAGACUCAAAUCAUCGAAAACUGACACACAAAUGGAGACAAAGAUACAUCCAGAGGCCAUUUACACUAGCCGAUUACUUCCAACUCCAAAAUACUUCAAUUUUUUAACUUUCGAGAAUCUUUAUUUAUGA